AUGGGCUUCGGAUGCUUUCCAUCGUCGGAAAGCGACCAGAUUUGUGGGGAGUCCACUGCUGCUGCAGGAUGUUCUGGACGUUUGGUGUCUCCUCGGGUAGCUGGACCCUUGGUGGGGGAGGAGCUUGAUGCGAGGCUGAUACUCCGGCUUGCUGCUGUAGCCGGGUCUUCAAACAACGGGUUUAAUGUCACCUCUGAAACAAAACCAACCCAAACAAUACAGAGUCAUAGCAGACAGCCAAGUGAGACUUCUUGUUAUGCCACAGAGGAUGAAGAAGAGGGUAACAAGGAGGAUGAAGAAGAAGAAGCUCGUCUACAAUUGGGUCCCAUUUGUAGUAUCAAAGAGCAUCUUGAAAAAGACAAGGAUGAUGAGAGUUUGAGACGGUGGAAAGAACAGCUUUUUGGCAGUGUCGAUGUCAAUGCGGUUGAAGAAACUCUAGAACCAAAUGUCAAGAUUUUGAGCCUUACUGCCCUCUGUCCUGGUCGAUCUGAUCUUGUUUUUGAGAUUCCUGCCAAUGAGGACCCCAAAGGCGUGUGGUUUACACUGAAAGAAAACACCUGUUACCAUAUGAGAUUCUCCAUUCAGGUCAGCAACAAUAUUGUUUCUGGCCUAAGUUACAUUAACACUGUUUGGAAAACUGUUGACAGCUCAAAGCAGAUGCUUGGAAUCUUCAGUCCUCAAGUUGUGCCUUACAUAUAUGAGAUGCCAGAAGAGAUUAUUCUCUAUGAAAUGAUGAAUUUGACCUUAUCAAAUGUAAUGAGUGACAGGCACAACAGCACCACUUAUGAAUUACAUAAUGAUGAUGAUGAUGAUGAUAUUGAAAUUGGUGAAUACAACAUUAGCAAUCAAGAGAAUAUUGUUAAUUCUGAUGAUCUCCCAAUCGAAAGAGAUGUAAACUGUAUGGAUCAACUAACUGAAAAAGAUGUAUUUGAAAUGACAUUUGAUUCGGUUUGA